UACCAGAACGUAUUUUGCUUGAUAGCUCAAUCACCGUAAGCAUAUUUAGUUGUAUUUUUUUCAUAAUUUUCUUUACUUUGUUUUCUUUCUAACACCAAACGGACAAAGAUCUUCAAACAAAGCGGAAAACUUAUACGUUUCCACAAAUUGUGUUGCAACUACAAGUCUGUUGGUCCUUUGCUUCAAGCUACCAUGCCUGCUCUACUUGAGAGACCCAAGCUGUCCAACGCCAUGGCACGAGCCCUACACAAGCACAUUAUGAGAGAGAGGGAGCGCAAGAGACAGGAGGAGGAAGAGGUGGACAAAAUGAUGGAACAGAAAAUGAAAGAAGAAGAAGAAAGAAAAAGGAAGAAAGAGAUGGAGGAGAGGAUGUCUUUGGAGGAGACAAAGGAACAGAUCAUGAAAAUGGGAGAGAAGCUACAGGGGCUGCAGGAGGAGAAACACCAGCUCUUCCUUCAGCUGAAGAAAGUGCUCCAUGAGGAGGAGAAGAGACGGAGAAAAGAGCAGAGUGACAUGACAACUCUGACCUCGGCCACCUACCAAUCCAGCAUGGCCAUCCACUCAGGUCAGCACCUGUUGAGUAUGCAAGGCAGCCCAGUAAGUCAUGGUCGACCUGGUGCUUUGUUGGGGGAGCGCAGUAAACAACUUUUUCAAUCUCCGGUAGUUCCGGGGCGUCACUUCCAGACUCAGCCUGGCUUCAGUGCUGGAAGCUCUGAACAUAGCCAGUACUCAGCCAGCCAGGCGACACAUGGGCCCUAUGGAGUCACCCAGCCACAGCAUGCUUCCCCGUAUGCUCCUAGCCAGCCUGUUCCUGUUAGCUAUGCCAGCAGCUCUCAGCUCAGAGGUGCCUCAGCGUUUCAGGCCAUGCAGUACCUCCCUCACCAGCAGCAGGGAUACACUGUCCACAGCCACUUCACUUCUCAGCCAGGUUUUAUCCCAAGUGCUGGUAUUCCCCUCCAGAAGCAGUUGGAACAUGCCAAUCAACAGUCUGGCUUCACUGAUUCAAGCACUCUGAGACCCAUGCAUCCCCAGGCCUUGCAUGCCAGUGCUGCAGGACUCCUGCCCAGCUCCUCCAUCGCUGUGCAGAUCCCUUCUGCCAAGUCUGGCUUACCGUACAGCCACCCUCCCCGCCCAGCCUCCCCUGGGAGUUUCACCCACGGGACACCUCCACAGCAGGCCCAUUCGGCUACUUUUCAGAGUUCUCCACAACCAACUCCUCGUCACACCUACCUCUCCCACAGCCAGUCAGGGCAGAGGUUCUAUCACCAUAGCAAGUAGCCUGGUUACCAGUGACCAGGGAGGGAUGGGGGUGCUUCUCUCAGUUUAUUGACUUUUGACCUGACAGAUACAGUACAUCAAGAUGUAUGUGAUUAUCUUGUGUAUGCACACAGAGUGAUAUUUUUCAUUGUCCUCUGCUUACCAGAAAUGAUUUCUUUCAUUAAUUGCAAUCCAGUUAAGUACCAGUGUGACUCAGUGGUUAAAAGCUGGGUGGCAGAUAAAAAUCCCAUGAGGGGACCUACUGCUGUUAUUCCUCUGAGCGCUGCUUCAGUGAAUAUACAGAUGUAAAUGGAUGAUAAUUACAAUGCAGGAUAAAUUAGUCACCCUGGAUAAUGGUGUCUGCUAAGCAAGGGACAUUUCAGAGGGCAAGUAUAGUCAAGGAUAAUUCUGGUUUGUCCCUGGGACUUGAAGACAAAAACCAUUCUGUAUCUGAAUGUGCACAAGUGUCCUGAAAAAAGCCAAAGCUUUCUCAUUACCCUCAUUUGCAUCUGUAAUAGUUAUAGUACGCACAUCUUUGAACCUGAGGAAGAAUCCAUUCAUGCAUGAAAUUACAUUAUGACUACUACUCACACUACACACACACACACACACACACACACACACACACACACACACAGGCUAUAGUGAAUGUUUUCUUUAACAUUAUAUAACAAUUACAGUUUGUAUUUUACAAGUUCUUAUGUCAUGAUUGCACUUGACAACAAAGUAGA